AUGGAAGAUAGUAAUCAUGAUCUGAAAAACAUUGCAGAUGUUCAUUUAAACGUGUCAUUAAAGAAAACAGGCAAAAAACGUUUGAGAUAUAGCGAUUUAGAUAAAAGGCAAGUAAGAAAACGAAAAAGGAAUGCAGGUGAAGAAUACGUAGGCUACAAAAACAAGUUAGUAAAAGUAAUAAGUUUGCAAAGUCAUAUACAUACUUGCAGAUUUCAGUGUCAAAAAUUCACCGAUGAACAAAGACAGGAAAUAUUUAACCAAUUCUGGGAUCUACGAAAUUGGAAUCUGCAGAAUGCAGUCAUUACGUCUUGUACAGAGAUCGCUUUUCCCAAACGACGACGCACAGAAGCUGUUAUUAUACGAGCUGUUUCAAUUUGA